AUGUCCUCCGACGAAUCCCCCUACCUCUCCUCUGCUGACGACACCCUCAUCGACGAACGAACGUUGCUCCCCAGUUACCUCCGCUCCCCCACCGUGUCAGAAGCAGGAGACUUCAAGGCUAUACUCCGUAACGAAGACACUCCCAUGCUCAGCGCGAGGGGACAAGAGUAUCGAAGAGAGGAAGCAGAAAGGAGGUAUCAGGCUCAAGUCGACGCUGACGCGGCAGAAGAAGCAGCUGCGGCGCAAACCCCCGGAUCCCCCGUCAUAGACAUAUCCACAUCCUCGUCAUCCUCCCCCUCGCCACCCCCUCUGAUCCGUGAAGCUAACGAAGGCGUCGUCUUCCCGGAUAGGGAAACUUACCUCACAACUCCCGUUGUGUACAUGAUGGGACUUAUUGAAGGAACGCCCAACACAGAGUUCGUGUUGGGACCAACUAGACCGGAGAUUCAGAGGGCGUUAGAGAUCUUGGAAGAAGAAAGGAGUUUCAACCUCCAAGACUCCUUUCAUCCUGCUGGCGACCCCACUCCCUCUACCAAGUAUCACAUGCCUACCACGGCUGUGGUAUCUCGUGCCUCGUCUUUGGCCUCAAAUGGCGCUCCGCUUUGCCCAAUGCCGGGGACUUACCCUACAAGGACUGACAGGGAGCGAGACGUAUAUCGGUUUGCACAAGUCUCCCCCCGCUAUCACAUCAUCCCCGCGCGUCUCGGCCUCAUCCGCUCUUCGACACGAACCCGACCUCCUCUUCCCUUCACUGAAUACGACUCUAGCAAGUCCGACACCGUGCCCGUUGUACUCUGCCCUCGUGGAGCUUAG